AUGAAAAUUGACUAAAGUUUAAAGUAAAAACACGAUAAAGUAAAGCAACUUUUUCUACAAGUUCUUAUGGUAAAUGCGUAAUAGAAAAGAUAACUAAAAGUGAUUUCAAUGAGAAAUAACUAUAGAUUAAUGAAAACAUAUAUGUUUAAUUGGCAACUUGCUAACGUGAGAAAGGUUAGAAUGAAGGAUAUUAAGAACUAUGUGAAUAAUUAAUAUCGAUGUAAACAAUAAAAUAGAAUAUUGAAAUUACUUAUUGAUAAUGCUCUCUAGAGAUAAUCUAAGCGCAGGAAAUUGAUAAAAGCAGACAAUUAUUAUAAUAAUAGAAUAUUAAGAAAAUCAUUCAAAUCUCUUCGAAUAAAUGAAAAGUAAAGUAAAUAAGAAUUUUUACAGAAAAUACAAAUGAUUGAUGAAAAAGAAUAAAAAUCUCUAACUAAUCAAAAAGACCUACAAAAGAAUUUAAUGGCUGACGCAUUUCGCUUUUCAAAAUUACUCUUGAAAUCAUUUCUAAAUUGGAAAAAAUACAUAUUUUAACUAGAUUAAUAAGACCAUUAUUUUAGCUAUAUACAAAAUGUUGACAAUUUUGUAACCAAACCAUAGUAGCCUGAAAAAGUAACAAUAGAUAACAGUUCAGAUAGUAAAUCUGAAUAUUGCAUUAUGCUUGAAUAUAAGAUUUAAUUUUAUCAAAAGCACUAAGAUUAAUUAACUAGGUUUCAAAAAGAGAUUUUAAAAAAGGAAAUUUGUUAACUAAAAUAAUAUUUAUGA